GCGGAGUUUCACAGCUUGCUGGCCGUCUCGAAGUGGGACCCGACGAAGACCGCGAGCUACGCGCUCUUCACUACGUUGGGGAAGGAGUGGCUCGAGGAGCAGUGGACAGCGAGGAGAAGCAUCUCAGAGGGGCUCAACAGACAGGUUCAGGAGUCGAGGAUGCAGGAGAUCGAAGCGAUUCGAGCACAGGAGCAGGCCAUCAGGGCCCGAGAGCAGAAGAACGCAAAGCAUGAGGCUGACAAGUUGAGGAAGCAGUUGCGCGCUGCAGAGGCGCGGGAGAUGGCAGCGACGAAGCAGGCGUCACCAGAGGAGGCGGCCGACGGCACCAAGAAGGGCAAGAAAGGCAAGCCGAAG